AUGCUAACCGAAUUCGACGAAACAUGUGGAUGCAUCGGUCUUCAGCUGAAUCUGCAAAAAACGAUGUUCAUGCGAACGGAUGGAUCUCGGAUGCCCAUCACGCUCAACGGAACAAACAUAUCCGAAUACACCAGCUAUGCUUAUCUGGGUCAGGAAUUGAACAUGAUAAACGACCUGACCCCCGAGCUGGGCAGGAGGAGACGAGCGGCUUGGGGAGCGUACAAGAGCAUCGAGGAUGUAGUGAGGAAGACUAGGAACACCCGGCUCCGUGCUCACCUCUUCAACACCACCGUACUUCCUGCUUUGACUUAUGCUUCGGAAACCUGA